UUUGCUGGUGUCGGAGGAGGUGAUGUUUGGAAUGUAGGGGUUGGUGGAGUUGAUGUUGAUGGUGUCGGAGGAGGUGAUGAUUGUGAGGUAGGCGUUGGUGGAGUUGAUGUUGGUGGCUUGGAUGUGGGAGGUGGAGUAUUGCUCAUUGAUGGUGUCGGAGGAGGUGUUGCUGUGGAUCUUGGGGUCGGUGGAGUUGAUGAUGAUGGUGUAGGAGGAGGUGAUGCUUGGGAUGUUGGGGUUGGCGGAGUUGAUGUAGGGGGUGGAUUAUAACUAUUUGAUGGAAUCGGAGGAGGUGAUGCUUCGGAAGUAGGGGUUGGUGGAGUUGAUGUUGAUGGUGUCGAAGGAGGUGAUGUUUUUGAUGUAGGGGAUGGUGGAGUUGAUGUUGGUGGCUUGAAUGUUGGUGGU